UCUUCACAGUUGGUUAGCCAAUAAUAGAUGAAUAAGGAUGAACAAAUUGAAAUUGCACAUAAAUACCUACCUGCAUUUGCUACUGCAGUUGCCCGCUGGCUAUCUUCCCGCACAGACGUGUGCAAAAAUAUAUCAAGAUGCUACUCUCGAUCGUGUUUAUUAUGAUAUUCGCGAGUGCUUGUGAAGGGUACAAAAUUCUAGCACUGCUUCCUUACCCAGGGAAGAGUCAUUUUAUGGUGUUUGAGCCAAUUUUAGAAGAAUUGGCUAGACGAGGUCAUCAUGUCACUGUAGUUUCCUUCUUCCCAUCAGCGUCACCUCAGGCAAACCGACGUGACGUCAGUUUGGUGGGUCUAGCACCAUUAAACGUAGAGGUAAUAAACCUCCAAGAUUUUGACAAUCCCACAUUUUUAUCAAGUAAAUUACAAUUUUCUUUAAUCUCCAAUAUUAUGGCUUUUAAUUUACAACUUUGCCAAACGGUUCUCUAUUCGGAUAUUUUCGAAGAGUUCGUAAAAGGUGAAGGUGCAUACGAUGUCGUGUUAAGUGAACAUUUUCAUACUGAUUGCAUGAUGGGAAUCGUGCACAACUACAGGGCACCUUCAGUGGCUCUGAUGUCCUGUGCCUUAACACCGUGGGCAUUCUCUAGGUUUGGAGCUGACGACAAUCCGGCUGUCUUUCCCUCUAUGGUACUACCACUCGUUGAUGAAAUGUCAUUCCUUGAGAAACUUGUAAACGCGUUUAAUGUAAACUUUUAUAAAUAUUGGCAUAGUUAUGCAACUAGGAACGAACAGAAACUUGUGGAGACGAGGUUGGGUCGCAAGCUGCCACCGCUAAAUGAACUAGCGAAGAAUGCGAGUGUUGUGCUUGUAAACACUCAUCACACUCUGAAUGGAGUGAGGGUGUUACCGCCGUCAGUGGUUGAAGUCGGAGGCAUACAUCUUCACAACAAAACAGUGAAACCUCUACCCGAGAAUCUCGAGCGCUGGGUAUCAGAAUCAAGACAUGGGUUUAUUCUCUUCAGUUUCGGAUCACUAAUCCGCGGUUCAUCGUUGCCGCCAAAAAGAUCGGAAGCCAUAUUGAAAGUUUUCGCGCGCUUACCGCAACGGGUUCUAUGGAAAUGGGAAACGGAAGAUAUCAAAGGGUUGCCAGAUAACGUUCUCGUGCUGAAAUGGCUGCCACAAUACGAUUUACUUAAUCACCCGAACUGUGUGGCCUUCAUAACUCACGGUGGCCUCCUGAGUUUGACAGAGAUCGUUGCAGCAGGAGUACCGGCGCUGGUUAUACCAAUAUUGGGCGAUCAGCCUGGAAACGCCGCAUUCGCUAAACGAGCUGGAAUUGCAGAAGUAUUGGAGUUCCAUCAAAUUGAUGAGGAGACAUUUUACAAUGCCCUCAUGAAGGUUUUAACGCCAGAAAAGCGAGAUCACGCCAAAGCGUUCAGCAGUCGUUGGUGGGAACGCCCCUUACCGCCUAUGGAGACAGCCAUACACUACAUAGAAAACACAGCUAAAUAUGGAUAUCUCAACAUGUCCCCACCUGGCCGUCUUAUGCACAAACCAGAACUUUUAUUCUUCAUGUCUAUUGAAUAUUUAGUUUUAUUUAGUUUAAUUUUCUUUAUUGCUUUAUUAGCUAAAUAUUUCUUCUGUCCCCAAAAGAUUGAGAAAUUUAAACAGAGUUGAUGAUAUCAUAGUUG